UUUCCAGGAAAAUUUAUCACCCUUUUGGCUUUUCUGUGCUAUAACAACAAUAAUCCCCACUUUCUGUUUGCUUUCCUGGAGGAAUUCCUAUUUUUAUUUCCUUCUUGCAAAAAUUUUCUUGGGAAACAACAAUCACGGCUUGGUUGUCUUUUUUGGUAACUACUUUGAGUGGUAGAAGUCCUGGGCUGUAGCUGAAUUUCCAUUCAUUUGGCUUUUGAAUUUCAGAUAUCAGAUUAUCAGGGAAUGGAAAGAGCUUGUGAAUUCUGCACGUCUUUGAGGCCAGUGGUUUAUUGUAAAGCUGAUGAAGCAUAUCUUUGUCUAUCCUGUGACGCAAAGGUCCACAAAGCCAAUGCACUGUCCAGCCGCCACCUCAGAACUCUUGUAUGUAACCUAUGUAGAAACCAUUUUGCUUAUGUGCAGUGUUUGGAUCACCAAAUUUUGAUCUGCCGUGGCUGUGAUCAGAAGCUGCAUGAUCCAUCCUUAAAACACCAGAAACGAGCCAUCAGAAGUUAUAUGGGUUGCCCUUCUGCCAAAGAUUUUGCUGUACUCUGGGGUUUUGAAUUAAAUGAGAUAGAAAACAGAAGUUCUACAGAUUUGAAUGCAGUAAAUCUCUCGGGAAAGUCUGGUGAUCAAACUGGAGGCCGUUCAAUGGUAUCUGGGGCCAAAUUUGAUGGGGCAUCUAGCAGUCGACAAAGUCAGAAAUUGUUAAAAGAUCAAGAGAGACAAAUUAUUUUGCAGCAAAUUAUUGAUUUGAAAAGACUUCAGGUCUGUGAGAACACUAAUCAUUCUGCCCUGAUAAAUGGGCUGCAAGAAACAGUCUCAUCUUCUUCGAUGCAUCAUACCCGAAAGAACUAUGAUGAAAAAUGUGACCGGCAUACACAAAAUCCCCAGGAUUUUAAUAAUAAUCUUCAGGAAAGAGACAGCCCCGCGGCAGAACUGAGGCUUGAAAGUUUGUCAUCCACAUUCUCUGAACUUGAUAACUUACCUUCACCUCCAAUGGCAGACCUUCCCUUAAACAGCGAGGUCUUUUGGACUUGCAAAAGUCCAUCUCAAAGCAAUCAGUUAUGGUCUCAUCAUAUUCAAGACCUUGGGAUAUGUGAAGAACUAAUUUGUCAAGAUGAUUUUAACAUACCUGACGUUGACUUAACAUUCCAAAACUUUGAAGAAUUAUUUGGAGGAGAUCAAGAUCCAGUUAGAGGACUGGUUGGUGAUGAUGAUGUGUCUUGCUCUUCUAUAGAGAAGGAUAUAUCACUUGAUAAGUCAGAUAUCUUCAAUGAAAGAACAAUGGAGGAUUCUUCGGAAGCUGUAUCCAUGUCUAUCUCCCAGUCUGCUAAUGAGGACAAGGAUAUUGCUCCUUCCAACCAGUAUGAUCCAAUAAACAUGGACCUUUCUCAAAAAAUUAGAGCAUCUCAGUCAACCAUGUCAUUCUUUGUUUCAAGAUUUACCCCUGAAAACAGUUGUACUGAUCACCAUGACACUGGUCUUUCUCCUCACAGUGAAGCGAAAGGAAAGUCCAGCUAUUUCCUAGAACUGGAAGUUUCGACCAUGGAGACUGGAGGAAAUGACACUGUGAGGAUUAAAGAUAAGAACUCUCAUCAGCGUGAAAAGCAAGCUCGAGGGCAAACCAGAAAACCUGGGACUAAUGUAAGGAAGAGGAUGAAAGGCCAAACUGCCAAAGCAGAAAGCUAUUGACUGAUAUGUCCAUUCCAGAGUCCGCAUUACAAACCAUAAAGCUCAUGUUCAUUUGAUCAAAUUGAUUCCUUCAAUAACACUCAUAUUGUCCGUUCAUAUACUGUAAACACUUUUGGCAGCCUGAUGCAAUACUUGCAAUUCAGAACUGUGUUAAUUUGUGAUUGUUUAGUCAAAAGGAGACUGCAAAAAGGGGGAAAAAAAAAAGGGGUUUCCCUGAAUCUUGCUUCUUUGACCACCUUAGCAACUUGUUUCCUUUCUCUGUUACCAUCAAGAUCAUCCUAUCCUACGCAGUGGAAAUUUUGUACUUACCGAGGAAGACAAGGCCUAUUUUGGCGGAAGAAGCAAUGUUCAAUGGACAGGAAAGUGACCACAAUGAAAAAGAAUCUGUAUAUUAUAGAUCAAUAUUAACUGCUAGAAAAAUUUUAAGAUGCUUUUCUUUUUUUAAC